UGGAACCUCGUGCUAGCUGGCUGACGCCUAUGUAUAUGCACAUUUGCAUUUCAAUCCAUAGGGCGCGAACUUGGUCAGUGGAGUAAGAAAUUCAAAAUUUACUGUUCCAUUCGAAUGAUUCGAUAUCGGAACAUACGGAGUCAUCACCGUUGGCAAAAAUCCUUUCUUUCCAUUGCUUUUACCUCAUUCCCAUGAUUCCAUCACGGGAAACCUAUUUAUUUGUCGUUAUUCUGCGGCCAAUGUUGCUACCUCCUUCCGACUUCUUUACCCACACAUUUUCCUUUUCGGCGUAAAGACAAGACAAGACCAUUCUUCUAGAACAUCUCUUUCUUUUGUUCCACUAUUUUGUUUUCAUCAUCAGUAUACAUAUUUGGUGAACGCCGCACUUGUGAUUUCUUCUUACCUCAUCCUUCACUGUUCCAUACCCCUUGAGAUACGAUACCCAGAGACCCUAGAUUAUUUACAUUGUGCUCUUUUUCACACUCAAUACUUUUCUUACCAUCAUCGCAUCUUCCACUACUAGCACAGUACGAAAUAAAAUCAGAUGCCUUCACAUCUGCGAAACCUCGCAUUAUGUAGCAGUCUUAUAUUGCUCGGACUUGCACCUCUAAUAGCCGCACACGGCGAUGAAGAACUGGAAAUGGAUAUGAGCAUGCCAAUGAGUUCGGUAGCCACAGCUAUUUCUACAGCCACAGUUUCGUCCGGCAUGGACACCGUGGUGGCUGAACCUUCUAGUUAUUUUCGAUAUUCUGAACAUGGCAGUCUGAUGGUAGCUCACAUUAUACUCAUGACCAUAGGAUGGGUGUUCGUUCUGCCAAUUUGUGUGAUGCUCUCCAUCUCUCGAUCUCGAUUAAGUCUCCCUACACAAUUCACGUUUCUAGCUUUGAACGGUGGCGGUUUCCUCUGCAGUAUAAUAUACAAUGCUUCCACUCCAGACCUUUAUCCGAAUAAUUUUCAUCAUAAAUUGGGGUGGAUUUUGAUAUGCGUAGUCACUGCACAAGCGCUAUUAGGGGUCAUCAGUGCCUACGCGGGGCGCAGAGGCGAGAAGGAACAGGAGAACUCCGGGUAUGUUCCAGUUUCGAGAGAAGCGAUAGCAGAGCAUACCCGCAUGCACGAACGACCUAAACCUAUCCCCAGAUUAUCGGAUGAUAGUGGUCAAGGUACUGAACCAGGUACCGAAUCUCUACGAAGCCAAUCGAUGUCUCUGUCUGGAGAUGAUGAAAAUACAUUAAAUGAAUCGGAAAAUGACGAGUUUGAAAAAGUGGGCUUGAUGAAAGGUACCCAGGUGGAUCAAUACUUGUCGAAACGACUUCCGGGAUUACUUUCUGCUCGUCUCUUGAGAGUAAUUCAAUUUUCAUGUGACGUUGUGGAUCGAAUAAUCCUUCUCCUUGGUUUUGCUAUUCUCACAUCUGGAUUCGUCACGUAUGGUGGUUUAUUUAAAGGAGCAGAGAUUUACAGUGGUCUUGCGCACUUCAUUAAGGGUUCGGUUUUCUUCUGGUAUGGAAUCUUGACUCUUGGUCGAUGGGCAGGUUGCUUCGCCGAAAUUGGUUGGUCCUGGAAUAUUAAACCUGACAAUGAGCGACGAUUUACUCCAACCGCCGAGUUCGUAGAAAGUUUCCUCAUCUUCUUUUAUGGCUCCACGAAUGUUUUCUUAGAACAUCUGGCUGCUUGGGGGAGUGCAUGGAGCGCACAAGAUCUCGAGCAUAUUUCAAUCACCAUUAUGUUUAUUGGUGGUGGAUUGUGCGGUAUGCUCAUUGAGUCGAACAAAAUUCGCAACCUUUUGAAUACCACACUUCAACAAUCAUCAUCUCAAAUGUCACCCUAUCAUCCAGGAGCUCAAGAACCGAAAUCCUAUAGGUUUUCGAUGAACCCAAUUCCGGCCUUAGUCGUUAUGCUAUUAGGAAUGAUGAUGAGUUCUCACCAUCAACAUUCAAUGGUCUCAACUAUGAUUCAUGGACAAUGGGGAACUUUACUUGUGGGUGCAGCAUUUGCACGUGCUGCUACUUAUGUUGUAUUCUACCUUUCACCACCAACUUCGAUUCUUCCUGGUAGACCCCCUACGGAAAUCAUUACAGCUUUCUGUUUGAUGGCUGGAGGCUUAAUUUUCAUGGCUAGUAGCAAAGAUACUGUCAAGGCAAUUGAAAUGAAUGAUCUCGAUGCGAUGUUUGUUUUUACAGUUUCCAUGGGUCUCAUCACAUUUUUGAUGGCUUGGAUUAUCUUGGUGAUUGCAAUCAAAGGGUGGGCAAUAAGGAGAGAAAAGAGAUGGGGUAAGAGUGUUGGUUAUGAAGUCGAUGGGACUGCAUAGAAAUAAUGCUAGCGGAUAAUGAUGGUUGUGGGACAAGGGAAGAUGGGAAAGUGGAAGGAUAUAUAGAUGGGUCAUGAUACUACGAAUGGAUGGAUGAGAAGAUGGAAAUGGUAAUGUUUAUGAGGCGGGAAUGGAGUUAUGGAGUCAAGAUACCAUGGAUUGUUUGAUCUUUUAGGUUCGGGUUUGAAAUUGGAAUUGGAAUUGGAAGUCUUCAUUAUGAGAGGUGGAAGGCAAGGAGAGAUGAAUUAAUUGAAUAAUGGGUUUGAAGGUUGAGGAGUAGAAUUUUCUGUCACUCGCGCAAUCGAUAUGAAUAUAAUAAUCGCAAUUGUAGACAGUGUUAUUAAUUUCUAUUUUCUCUUCUACUCUAAGUAGGCAUUGAAUAUAAGCUCCUCACGCACAUGGCUCUGUUUAGUUGUAGACUAGAAGUAGAUGUUAGAAGAAGAAAUUAU